AUGGUGAGGGCUAGCGUCUUAAACGAUUGUCUCAAGAGCAUGAGUAAUGCAGAGAAACAAGGGAAACGCCAAGUCAUGAUAAGACCAUCUUCCAAAGUGAUCAUUAAGUUUCUCACUGUGAUGCAAAAGCAUGGUUACAUUGCAGAGUUUGAAUAUGUGGAUGAUCACAGAUCCGGGAAGAUUGUGGUUGAGCUUAAUGGAAGGCUUAACAACUGCGGUGUUAUUAGUCCUCGAUAUGACCUUGGCGUCAAGGAAAUUGAAGGUUGGACUGCUAAAUUGCUCCCUUCAAGACAGUUUGGGUACAUUGUCCUGACAACAUCAGCUGGAAUCAUGGACCAUGAAGAGGCUAGGAAGAAAAAUGUUGGGGGCAAAGUGCUUGGUUUUUUCUACUAG